UUAGAUAACUGGUUGAAAGCCGGCCGUAGCACGCAGCGUGAAGUCAGCGACCGGCGCUUCCAGAGAGUUCUGCAGUUCUGCGGGCAUGGCUGGUGACAGGCGUGAAGAGGCGCUCGCAGCCAAGGAAGCCGGGAAUGCGGCAUACCGCAAGCGAAACUUCGAGGCCGCACACCAACAUUAUGACAAGGCCAUCGAGCUGGACCCGACGGACAUGUCAUUUAGGACCAACAAAGCAGCCGUUUAUUUCGAGCAGAAGGAUUACCAGAAGUGCAUCGCAGAGUGCAAUCAAGCCAUUGAAGUUGGCCGUGAAAACAGGGCAGACUUCAAGCUCAUGGCAAAGGCCUACGCUCGAAUGGCUGGAGCAUACGUCAAGUUAGAGGACUACCCCAAUGCUAGGACCUAUUACCAGAAGUCCCUGACCGAGCACCGGAUACCAGACACGUUGACCAAGCUCAGUGAGGUCGAGAAAAUCAUCAAGGAGCAGGAGAGAAAAGCAUAUAUUAACCCAGAAAUAUCGCUAGAAGAAAAGAACCAGGGCAAUACGUUCUUCCAGAAAGGCGACUACCCUUCGGCGGUUCGUCACUACACAGAGGCGAUCAAGCGCAACCCAGACGAUGCCCGGCUGUACAGCAACCGGGCCGCCUGUUAUCAGAAGCUGGCUGAGUUCCACCUGGCCCUCAAGGACUGCGAGGAGUGCAUACGCCUGGACCCCGAAUUUCUGAAGGGGUACGUUAGGAAAGGCAUGGCUCUCAUGGCAAUGAAGGAGCACUCCAAGGCACUCACUGCAUUCCAGAAAGCCCUGGAAAUCGACCCGAACAAUCAGGACGCGCUAGAUGGAUACAAGCGGUGCCUGAUGGCGUCGGACGCGGACCCUGAGGAAGUCCGCAAGCGGGCCAUGAUGGAUCCAGAGGUGCAGAAGAUCCUGGGGGACCCCGCCAUGCGCAUCAUCCUGGAGCAGAUGCAGAGUGAUCCCAAGGCGUUGCAGGAGCAUCUGAAGAAUCCCGACAUUGCUGCCAAGAUUCAGAAACUCUUGGAAUCCGGACUCAUUGCCAUUCGUUGACGAGACAACCUCGAGCAGAUGGGAAAAAGCAACACCGCCUCGCCACUUUUCCGCAGGAUGGGAAGUGACAAGAGAACAUCACCUGUUUCUUGGGACAAUGUAACAUCCUCAGACUGCUCCCUUCAGGCUACUCUUGCUUAUAUAAUGUCAAGUGUCUUUGUUUCUCUUCCCUUUUUUUUUAUUAUUAUUAUUGUUUACCUUUUCUGUACAAUUUGCAGAGGGCACUUUGUAUCUGAGUCUUGUGUUUUUUUGACACAUUAAAAGAAACUCUGUUGCA